ACUCAUCUCAGGUCUCAGUCUAACUCUGGUGUAACUCUGCAACAGCUCAAGUCCAGUAUUUGAACCAUCUACUCAACUUCUUCUAUGCUGGAGUUAUAAUUUAUGACCUCAAAAGUAUUUGGAGAAAGAAAAGCGCUUGCAGGAUGAAUGUGGGCGUCGCUCACAGCGAGGUGAACCCUAACACGAGGGUGAUGAACAGCAGAGGGAUUUGGCUCACUUACCUGCUGCUGACCGUCGUCCUACACAUCGUCUUACUGAGCAUCCCUUUCCUUAGCGUGCCGAUCGUGUGGACCUUAACCAAUGUCAUUCACAAUCUGGCCAUGUACGUGUUCCUUCACACGGUAAAGGGCACUCCGUUUGAGACGCCAGACCAGGGCAAAGCCCGCUUGCUCACUCACUGGGAACAGAUGGAUUAUGGCAUCCAGUUCACAUCAUCAAGAAAAUUCCUCACCAUUUCACCCAUAGUACUGUACAUCCUGGCCAGCUUUUACACCAAAUACGAUGCCACCCAUUUCCUCAUCAACACAAGCUCCCUUCUCAGCGUCCUCCUUCCCAAGUUGCCUCAGUUCCACGGAGUGCGUCUGUUCGGCAUCAAUAAAUACUGAUGCGACCUACAGAUCGGUGGUCAGGAGGUAAAGGGGACAGUAGCGCAGAAAGUCUUUCAGUUUAAUUAUCAGCCUUGUCUUAAUACGAGCUGACGCUAAGGAAGCAACACAACUGAACUUCUUACACCUUAUCGAAAAAGGACCUGCGGUUUAAAUUUUCUUAGUAUUUUCUCCCAUCUUUUUUUUUUCUUCACCGGAACCGGAAAAGCCGGUUUUCCAGACGACGAAUUCACUCCAAGCGCAAGUGAAUUUAUAUAUUUAUUUAUUCGUUCUUAAAAAAAAACCUUCACGCCAAGAGACUCAAACGAAGCCGAAUCCAGUAACAGAGCGAGUUUCCGUCGAACGUCUACGAUUAAAGUGAAAGAAGGUUGUAGGAGAAUAAAAACAUCCAACUACACACACGGAUAAAGGAUCAGAGCUAGUGCACCAAACCUUCAAGCCCCAGCCCGACCCCCAAGAUACAAACUCAGCGAGUCGAAUGACUGACAAUCGUAGAAGUCUGACAUACUUCUCUAACAGCGACGCACAACAAUAGAGUAACACACAGAAAGCACAUUGUAGAUAUACAUAAACACACACGUGUGUGUGUGUAUAUAUAUAUAUAUAUAUAUAUAUGUAUGUAUGUAUAUAUAUAUAUAUAUAUAUAUUGGCCUGGACUGAUGUUAACACGCUCUCGUUUGAGUUGGGUGUAUAGACGUGAAUCAGAACUCUGAUCCAGACCUGCAAGAUCCAAUAAAUAAAGCAGGGGCAGGUGUAUUUUACCCCAUGUCGUCAGUCAGAUAUGGAUCACAUGAGGUUAAGGCCAAGUUCGUUAACAUGCCGCUUUCUACGUGGCAUAAGCAAUGUUUGUUCACUUAUUUUUUAGUUUCCUGAAGCGUUAGUUCAUGUUACAAAUCCAUAGACUAGAACCCAGUUUGGUAGAAAAUAUCACAGGCGUGUAUGCAAACGAGGGGCGGGAUCGGUGUGAACGCUUGACCGGAGCAGGCAGGACGGGUCAAAUUGUCUGUGGUAGAGGGCAGGUUUGGGCAAAUGUUAUAUGCCUGGAAUUGAUUUGGUAGAAAACAGGAUUUGUUAGGAGUUGGUCUUUCAGGAGUGGGUGGGAUAGAUAUGGAAAUAGAAACAGUUUGGACAAAGUUUUGGGAAGAAUGAGCAGGAUUGGUCAGAAUUCUUUUGGGAUUGAUCAGGAUUGGUCAGAAUGAUUCCCUGAGCGAAUAGGAAUCGUAAGUUAUUUUGGGAGUGCCCUGGGAGCAGUGAGAAUUCUUUCAGUUGUGGACAGGAUUGGAAUCUUUCGGGGAAUCUGAGGGACGAGCAAUUCUUUCGGUUUAGUCGGAAUUCUUUCAGCGGAUCGGUCAGGAUUUCACGACAGGGCGGUCAGAGUUCUUUCAGGAGCGGGUGGGACCGAUCCGAAUUUGUGUGCGUGAGCGGGAUUUUAAAAACCGUCCUGUUUACAACCUCUAGUUGCGUGUUCAGGUUACCGGUCAGACUCAGAGCGGCUUUCACAAACACCUUUCACAAGUGGAGAUCUGGAUACUGUGCAGUCCCGUGUUGAGUGAUGAAAGGCCCACUGCAGGCAGUGUUUUUUUUUAUUUUUAUUUUUAUUGUUUUUUAAAGAAUACAAACAAUAUUGUCGUGAUCACCGCUGUUCAGUUACAGAUGCCUGAACCUGACCGCUCUCUCUCGCUCUCUUUCUCUCUCGCUCUCAAAAAGCCUGAUUUUGAUCACAAAUCAAAACAGUCGGGUCACAAUAUUACAUUUUAAGAAGCGAUUCAUCAGUUUCACCCUUUUUUCCCCUCUCCAUCAGUGGGAUUUAUCUAAACCGACUCAUCUCUGGAAACCUCACAGUCGAUGCUGUUAUCAUCUCAUCAUUUGUUUUGUCUUUGAAGUGCCUUGUCUCGCGUUUUUCAUUUUAUGUGUAUCGAUUGUCGCGUGUAUCACGUUUUUUCCCCCUCGGUCUAGAUUCCAUCAUUCAUUGCUUUGCAGCGAGCAGUUUUUUUGUUAGCUACUUGACAUUUAUACAGGAUGCCGACGUCUUUAAAAAGGGGAACCGUUUAGUCUCAGAACAUUUACACAAUCGAGGUCCAGCUUUAAUUCAGACUCAUUCGUACGUCUAAAGCAGGUUAUUGCAGGAAUGACUGCAUGCCGUUUGGGGCAAAAAAAAACUAACUAUAAAGCAAAAAAAACAAACUACUACACAUUUGAUCAUAUUCUACAGCUAGAGUUCUGGGCGUACAAUGUGGCAUACUGUGUUUAUUUUUGGAUACCUUUUUUUUUUUAUAAUAUAUUAUAUUGUUUGUAGCCAUAAACGUUGACCCCCUACGAUAAACGAUCCCUGUUCACGUCUGUGUGUGUUUUCACGUUUAAAGAUGAUUCAUUCUGUCAUUUCUCGGUCAGUUCUAUAACAGGCUCAAUCGUGGGCAACGAACGAAUAAACGACGCACUGUACAUAUUAUACUGUCAAUUAUAAAUCCUGAUAUAAUAGCAUCACUUUGUUUUCUGUCCUCUGUCUUGUCCAUGAGAUCCUUUCAUCACCUGCAGAAAGACUCGUUUAAAAAUGCAAUAAAACGUCUGACAAAACUA